AUGUCGGCCGCAGACCCUUGGGCUGAAUUUGAAAGCUCAAAGGUCAAAGUCCGAUACAAUACCGUGGACAAGCUCAAGCAGAUCAUUACGGGCUUCAAUGAAGUCUGCUGCACAGUCCUCAGCAAGUCUGGAAAGAAGCAGGAGCUCAUCGACCGCGUCCUCGGCAUCCUCGAUGGCUGGAAAAACACAGGCAAUAUUGAUAGGUGGAAUGCUGGUCGGGUCGUGUUGAACCAGGUGCGGGACACAGGAAUAUUCAAAGCUGCCGGCUCAUCCUAUGCCCCAUCCCCAAUCGCCUACCCUCCCAAGUAUAUCCCUGGCUCUGCAGCAUCCGUCUACUCCGUGUCGUCCGCCGGCUCCAGCAUCCCUCGCUAUGACUCCUUUUCGACUCUCCGAAAUCCCUCUUCCAUACCGUCUCCUAGUGCUAGCACAUCAUUAUCCGCGGCCCGCCCUAUUAUCCGGUUCAGAUCGUCCCCUUUCUUCCACGUCGACCAAAUUGUGUCUAGUGUCGUGGAAUGCCCCGAAUCCACAAGCCAGGCUGAUCGGCGGCAGCAGAUCGUUUCAUUUACUCUGAAUAACGAACAGAUUUUGAAGCUCACCUCGUCAAGCACGAAAUACCAGCUGCGUCUCUACUGCACUUCGUCGUCCUACUAUUCCCUGUCCCCCGCCGCCUUCCGUCAAACUAAUGCACUAUGCCCAAUCGAAUUUCCGCCAACCUGUGAAGUUCGUGUGAAUCAAAACCAGAUUACCGCCAACAUGAAGGGGCUGAAAAAGAAACCUGGCACUGCGCCGCCCGCUGAUCUAACCAAGUUGGUGAAGAUGAUUUCCGGUGCUUCGACCAAGGUGGAGAUGGUAUAUGUGAACAAUCAGACGAACAACAAUCAGCAGCCUCCGCCACCCAAGAAAUAUUACAUCGCGGUGAUGCUGGUCCAAGUCACGAACGUCGACCAGUUGAUCGACAGGCUUGUGAAGGGGAAGUACAAGAGCAAGUCAGAUAUCUUGGCGAAAAUGAAGCAGGCAGUCUCGGACGAUGACGACAUCGUCGCUGGCCCACAGAAGAUGUCGUUGAAGUGUCCUCUGAGUUACAUGCGAAUUACUACGCCAUGUCGGGCGGCGCAAUGUGUACAUCCACAAUGCUUCGAUGCGAUGUCGUGGUAUAGUGUCAAUGAGCAGACCACCACUUGGAUGUGUCCGGUCUGUGAUAAAACUAUCAAUCAUGAGGAUCUGAUCGUGGAUGGGUAUUUUGAUGAGAUCCUCAAAACAACCCCUGAUACCGUGGAGGAUGUCAUGGUAGAGGCCGACGGCGAAUGGCACACAUCCGAUGACAACUAUGCAUCUGCAGGUUGGAAGCAAAGCCGUAAGCCAGUCGCAGCCACACCCAUCAGCAUGCCUCCAUCGCCAGUGAAGCCCAUCAAACAGAGUAGAUCUCACAGUCCGGAGCUUCCUCCCAAUGGUUCUGCUACAAAAGGGGAGAUGUGGGGCCCUCGUGACGGCGACGCGGUGCUGGUGCUAGACUCAGACGACGAGGAUGAAGGCCGAGUGAAGAGGGAGCUUUCACCUUCUUGCCGCGACGAAUCAUCCAAUUUUUCCUUAGAAUCCGCGCCGCCUGGAUCUCAGAUCAUCGACCUUACUCUCGAUUCUGACGACGAGCCUGAACCGCCGGCACACCCAUCGGGGAAGCGGAAAGCUGUUGACGAGAUGCCGUCACCGACAGAGCCGAUAUGGAAGAAAUCCCGCAUGGAUACGGAUGGAUCACUACACGGAGUGAUGCGAAGUGUCAAUGGUAAUGUCAACACUUCUGCCUCCACCUCCUCCGCCACUGGUAGUAAUAUAGGGGGAAGCCCGUACAUGAACGGCUCGUCUUACCAGCGCCAGCCCUCCGCGUCAAGUCAAUACCCGUACUCUCCACACCCAGCACGACCCUGGAUCCCUCAGCACCCGUCCGCGUUCACCUCGCCCCUCUAUCCGCCGAACCAACUUCCACCGCCUCGUCCAACAUCCAGUCCUCGUCACCAUUACUACUCCCCUCCCACACGUCAUCCAUAUCAAGAUUGGCGAUAGUAGUCUUGGGUGUGCUGACCAGACUGAUGUAGCGAUAUAGCUUGUACAUCUUGGGGUGCUCGGGUUUAUCUUACUGCUAGGCCGUUUUCGCCAUAAUCGUGCCCUGUGAACUGUACCAUUCGUAUUCAGAUGCUAUUUUUCUUUUUUUUCUCUGGUUCGGCUAUGCGGCCUGGUGGGCGGGUCAAGCUGCGCGUAAUUACGAACGGUUUAUCUUGUCAUAUUAUGGUGGUUUUGUAGCAUUUACACGAUGUACACGGGCCAUGGCAUCUAGAGAGGCCGCGAUACGCAGAGGGCAUUUCUGUUUUGCC